AAAGCACAAUUUCCCGUAAAACCUUCACAAGAAAACCAAAAGCUAUGUAUGGCUUCGCCUUUGGUGGGGGAUUUCUUUGUUAGAAUAGGCCUCUUUGGCACUUGUGAUUCGCUAAGUAGCUUGAACUAUGCCUUUAUGGCGCUGUAACAUUUCUCUUGCUUUUACUGGACUUCCCUUCUCUAUGACACUCUUUGCACACAUGUAGAACUUGAUUUCAGUUCAGACUACAAGGUCACACAUGAUCACACAGGCUUGGCAGUCACUCCCUUGCAGGAGGGUGGCCAAGAGUAGUAAACAAUAGAAACCUUGGAAGUGGGAGUUAGACCUUCUUCUGCAAUCUCGCUCCAAAAAGCUGUGUAUCGAUCUUUCUGGCAUACAUUGAAUAGUUAAACUGAGAAGGCAGCCUUCUGGUCAUAGCUAUUUGUAUAGCGAGCAUAACUGGGCCAAGAGCUAACAUUUAAGGAUUAUUAUUUGAUUUUUUGGGACAGGCGUGUUAGGGCCAAAAAUAUAUGUACAAAUAACAUAUGUACAUCUUCUUUCGGCUGCUCCCGUGAGGAGUCGCCACAGCAGAUCCCGAUGACUUCAAAUGGGUGUUUGCGUUUUACAUUGCUUUUAUUUUGAAAUUGUAGGAACCCGGGCAGAUUUGUGUAUGUUUACUUACUGUCAAGUUAAAUCUGAUGGGCAUGACCUAAGUUGCCGAUUUACCGUCAUAAUAUACAGUCGAUUGGAGGAUAUCGGCGUGUAGUUGGUGGAGCCUCAACCAACAAACAGCUCAACAUGCCAAUGGAGUAAUAGAGUGAGUGCCUCCACCUUUGGAUGCGCUUCCCUCGUCUCCUGACUUUUCAAGCAAAGUCAACUAGGCAUUAGGACCACAAACCAUGAUGGGCUACCCUAGUUUAUGUGUGAUACUGCUCGCAUUCAUUUGGAACAUUUAUGGCCAGGAAGCAUUAAAUCCACUUAAUAGGUCUAAAAGGAUUCAGGAAAGUGCUGGAUCAGAUUUCAGUGAUUGUUUGCCAAGGGCAAAUGGGCCACAGAUCUCCUCAGACUCUCCCAACUUCUCUAUGGCUCUUCGGAUGCCUGGGGUCAUCCCAGUUAAGUCCGACACUUACCUUUGCAUGUCAUUUCCUGUGCCAACUACCGGGAGUCGUGCUGCAUAUGUCGUGGACUUCAUGCCUCAGGCCAGUAUGAACACAGUCCAUCACAUGCUGCUGUUUGGCUGCAAGACCCCCGUUUCCAUCACCAACUACUGGGACUGUGGCACUACACGGGGUACUUGUGUUGAUGAAACAUCCAUUUUGUAUGCAUGGGCUCGAAAUGCACCACCAACAAAUCUACCCAAAGAUGUUGGGUUUGAAGUUGGACGGAAUUCAGGAGUGUCUUACUUUGUGCUACAAAUCCAUUAUGGAGAUGUCAAUGCUUUCCGUGAUCAUCACAAAGAUUGCUCAGGUGUCACUCUAAGAAUAACAUCCACCCCGCAGCCGUUUAUUGCUGGUAUAUACCUGCUCAUGUCCAUGGACACUGUUAUCCAGCCAGGAAAAAGAGUUACAAAUGCGGACAUCGCCUGUGACUACAAAUCUUAUCCAAUUUACCCGUUUGCCUUUAGGACCCACACACAUCGUCUGGGAAAAGUGGUCAGUGGCUACAGGAUUCGAAAUGGAAAAUGGAGCCUGAUUGGGAGACAGUCUCCUCAACUACCACAGGCUUUCUAUCCUACAAACCAUGAUGUGGAUGUGCAGUAUGGAGAUAUGCUCGCAGCCAGAUGUAUGUUCACUGGUGAAGGCAGAAGCAAAGAAACGUACAUUGGGGGUUCCUCUGAUGACGAAAUGUGCAAUUUCUAUAUUAUGUACUACAUGGACAGCAAACAUGCCAUCCCAUAUAUGAACUGCAUGAAGCAAGGUUCUACCAAAUUGUUUCAGCACAUUCCACCUGAAGCCAAUAUUCCCAUUGCUGUUAGUCCCGAAACUAUGAACUCCAUAAUGCAUAUGGAACAUUCAACAGGUCAUCAAGAUAGCUCAUCGAUGCCAGGUACAACUAGUGAAGAGCAGCCAGUCGAUAAGGGUGACCUCUAUUCUCUAAUGUCCAAGUUGCUAGGCCAAAACAAGGAUGUAGUACACAUUCAAAAGUACAACCCCAGUAAGAUACAGAGGGUCCAGCCAGAGCUGAUGUCUCAGAUUCAUAGCUUAAUACAAAAGAAAAACUUGGGCUCUCCUGGUCCUCCACUAGCUCUUCAAACCAACAGGCAUCCUGUUUUGAUGAGGGACAGAGUCCACAAAUUCCAUCAGCUUGAGGCGGUGCCCAAGCUGACAAAAAGCAAACUGCUGUCUCAAAGACAAGAUGUCCAUCUGGAGCAAGACCCACUAUGGCCACAGAAUUCUCUUCAGCUGGGUCAGGUGUCAGGACUUGCCAUUGACUCAGAUUCCAAUCUGGUCAUUUUCCACAGAGGUGAUCACCACUGGGGACCAGAUUCUUUUGACAGCCAAGCUAUAUAUCAGCAGAGGUUCCUUGGCCCUAUUCAACAGUCCACUAUUUUGGUUGUUAACAGAGAGAAUGGAAACAUCCUCAAGGCUUCUGGAAGAAAUAUAUUUUACUUACCUCAUGGAAUAACGACGGACAAGGACAAUAACUACUGGGUAACUGAUGUGGCUCUUCAUCAGGUCUUAAAAAUGAGCAGUGAUGGUAGUGAUACAAUCUUGCUGUCUCUGGGAGAGGCUUUCACACCAGAAAGUGACCAUAACCAUUUUUGUCAGCCCACUGAUGUGGCCGUAGAUUAUGAAACUGGGAAUAUUUUUGUGUCUGAUGGCUACUGUAAUGCAAGGAUACUGAAAUUUUCUGCUGAUGGAAGAUACCUUUCAGAGUGGGGAGCUGGCUCAUCAGACCGGAGAAGGCGUACGCCGUUCCGGAUCCCACAUAGCCUUGCAUUUCUGCCUGAGAAAAAUGAAUUGUGUGUGGCUGACCGGGAGAAUGGACGCAUCCAGUGCUUCAUAGCUCAAACUGGAGAGUUUGUUAAGGAAAUUAAAAAAGAAGAGUUUGGUGAAAGUGUCUAUGCCAUCACUUUCAGUCCGGCUGGAGGUGAAGAUGGCAUAAUCUUUGCAGUAAAUGGAAACUCUCUGUCUGAAAACUUUCCUCCUCCAACUGGUUUUGCUAUAAAUUAUGGAACUAAGGACAUUCUGGAUACCUUCGCCCCAAAGAAAAGGGAGUUCAAAAUGCCUCACGACAUUGCUGUAACCAAAAACGGUAGUGUCUUUGUGGGGGAUGCAGCCAGCAUGACUGUUUUCAAAUUUACAGCUGAAAAGGCACAUCGUUCUGUCAAGAAGGCUGGUAUUGAAGUUCAAGAACUUGAAGAAAUGGAGACAUUUAUCCAAACCAAGGUGACUCCAGAGCAGAACAUCUCAAAGACAGCAGCAGUUAAACAGAAGCCAUAUGUGGCUCAACAUCUUAAGCCACUAGAAAAUGAGAAGAAAAAGACUGUUCCACAACCAAAAAAAGAGCAUGGUUUCCUACCAGUGGCCAUCAUGGUGCUCUUGCUCAUCCCUCUUCUGCUUGUUAUCUCUGUAGGAGUCUUCAUCUGCUGGAGGAAAAACAACCGGUAUGAGGUGAAAACAGAGCCCAGUGCUGUUGGAGGGAUUUUGGGAAAAAUCAGUGGUAAAGCAGUCGGCAGCCUGAACCUUGGAAACUUCUUUGCCUCCCAUAAGGGUUACAGUCGACAGGGCUUUGACCAACUCAGUACUGAAGGCAGCGACCAGGAAAGGAACGGCGAGAGCAGUGAGUCUGAGAAUGAAGAGUACAUGGCUCGUCCCCCACCGCCUCCAUCCUCCUCUUAGGAAAUUUGGACAGCACCACAACCUUCUGCUUAGAAUGCCAGGUGUAUGUCAUGUCAUUCAUCAUCAUAACUCUUGAGUUCGAUGCCUUAUUGUUUAUAUAUUUAAGUAUGAGUUGUACAUAAAAUAUUUACUACAACUUAAAUCAAUUUAUUUUAUCUUAAUUUAACGUGCCCGUGUUUUUACAGUAAAUUAGGAUUCUCAACUUGAACAAAUUACAGUGAAAUUAUUUCCUAGAGUUUCAUUGAAUUAAAUUUUUGUACUGUUGUUUUUUUUAAGUCCACCAAACGUUUUUCACAUUGAAUUAUUAGACACAUUUGACAUUUUAUAGCAGCAUUACAACCAGGAUGAGCAUGUAAACAUCUGGAUGGUAAAUAUGAUCACAGUUGGGGAAAACAAAACUACAUGGCUCUGUCAUAUUACUUCACUUAUAUCAUGGCUCUUCAUUAGUAUAAGUUCCAAAAUGUCCAGAUUGUAGUUUGUCUGUUUUGUUUGUUUUAUAUGUCCAGACUAAGUGUUGUUUAGAUGGCACAAGUGUUUAUGCUGGUUGUUGUGCUUGCUCCAUAAUAAUGAUGAGGAUAGGACAACAAAAAACACAUGCUUGGUAAUAACAGUUACCUUUUUUCUCUCCCAAUUGCUCAUGAGCUUUGACUUAACGUUCUACAAUUUGUGUUGUUAGACCUGUAAGCUUUUCAUGAGAUUUUGGAUUGCAUACAAAGAUGUUUGGAUUUAGAAGAUUUAAUAUUUUUAAUUUAAUGCAAGAUUUAACAGUAAAAGUACAUCCUUCCAACGAUAAAUAUCUUUGUGUAUUAUAAUUCCAUACAUUAUUAUAUUUCUAUUCAACUUACAUCCGCGGCUUGAGUCAGUCACAUUUCGAUUGCAAUUGUGUGCCUUUUCAUAUUUUGCCUUUUGUCAUCAUCUGCCAUUACAAAAUGUACUAUAAGAGAAGAAUUGCUGCUGCUACUAUAGCUUGUACUCCUUUACUGGUUUUUCUUCCUUCACGUCAGAGGAAAAAUGACACAUUUACUCAUAAAUGUUUUGUUUUGUGGGAAUGUAAUUGGUCGAUCAGACUCUGGUGAACUGCCUCAUCCAUAGCACUGUGUCCAGGAUUAUGUUACACUCAUUUCAAUUAUUUACUCAAUAGUCCAUCAGUCCAUUUUCUAUACCACUUAUCACUGAGGGCAUGAGUGAGGUGAAGCCUAUCCCAGCUGACGUUGGGUGAGAGGUGGGGUAUACGCUGAAUUCUUGGCCAGCCAAAAUUGAAGGCCAUACUUACUCAGUAAUCAAUAGUGCAUUUGGUUUCAUUUGGAUGUACAAACACGGACAAUGUGCUAAAAAUAAACAUGCAAUGAAAAUAAAUAAUUUUGGAUUAAACUGACCUACUUCUAAAUUUGUUUAAGUUUGAAAAUAAACAACAAAUUUGCUCAAACUAAAGAAGCAAGCGAAAACGUUUUCCCUGUGUGUUCUACUUGGUAGAUACAUUUCCGUCCACCAAAUACAUGUCUGUUUGCUUCAUUUGAAUGAUUAAUGUAUUAAAAGCAUGCCAUGGAUAUAGGAUGUUGCAGUCACAUGUGAACUGAUAUUUAUUGUAACACUGGUUUUGCUGCAAAGGUACUAUUUUAGUAACAAUGUUAUUUGUGUAAUAAAGUGUUUGCAAUGCAUCCUG